GGGAGCGAGAAGGGAAAAAAAGGAGACACUGGGAGGCAAACUUUGGGCGCCUUCAGGAGGGAGCGGUUUUAAAUGGCCCCCAACUCAUCAGCCGGUUUUCAGGGCCGAAAUCCCAGAGAGAGAAUUUGCACGGGGGUGGGGGGAGAAGAAAAAAAAUACUGCUGGCGGAAGACUGAGUCGUGAUGGUUAUUGAAUAAAAAGUAUCCACAUAUAGGCACCUUUUUUCCCCCUCUGAGGGAAGCGUCAUGUUUUUUGUGUUUAUUUAUUACUCUUUUAAGGGAAAGUUAAAUGAUAAAAGCCGUUUCUGGUAGUCUAGUUAAUGAUAAAGGUUUCUACACCGAGGAAACUGCACUAGUAGACGUUUAUGUAAUUAAAUUACCUAGUUAGAACACUUCAGAAAAGCAUGUUAAGAAUCCAGAACCCCCUCCCAUAUUUCCCUGUGUUUAUUUUUGAGAUAUUUUGAAAAAUCACCUAUUUGUUCAAAAGAAAUUGGAAGUAAACUUAAAGGUCAUCCUGUUUUUUUCUAGCAUUGGGGAACAUCCUUAUCUUCGUUUUUCAAGGAUGUAUGACCUGUUUUUUCCCGUUAAGCAUGCACAUUGUAAAUCUAAGGUACAUCUUGUAUAUAUGCGAAUUUUUAGGUAUUAGGACAGACUGAGGUCAUAAUUUUAGAUUCAGUAAGAAUUUUUAUUUUUGACUAUGAAACCGACAUUAAAAUCACUGUUCCUUUUUUUUUUUUUAACUCCCAACAUCUACUUGACAGUUUUCUAAUCGUUUUAGAGUUUUCACAUUCACAUUUUCUGUAUCAAAACUGACAUUUUUUAAAAGGUUUACGGAGUAGUUCUCGUUUUAUAUAUAGGCUUAUUAGGAUAAAUUUAAGUAAGUAGUUGAAGACAAAGGUAACAUCUUAGUAUGAGAUACAAGGUCUGAGUUUUAUGUUAGGCUGUAGUGUAUUAGAUGUAGAUGCUUUGCAGUUUAGGUUGUUUUCCGUUAAAAAAAAUCACCUAUGGGGUAUAAAUAUUAAUUAUCCCCAUUCUACAGAUGAACCAGCUGAAGACAGGACUUUUAUUUUACCAAGAGGAAGUGAUGAAGUUGGAAUUAGAAUUCAGAUCUCUCACUCCAAAAUGACGAUAAUUCCGAAGAAGGCUUCAACACUAUUCAUUCAGGAAGGCAUGAAUAUGCAUUCAGCUUCGAGCUUCCACAGACACCACUUGCUACCUCAUUCGAAGGCCGACAUGGCAGUGUGCGCUAUUGGGUGAAAGCCGAAUUGCACAGGCCUUGGCUUCUACCAGUAAAAUUAAAGAAGGAAUUUACAGUCUUUGAGCAUAUAGAUAUCAACACUCCUUCAUUACUGUCACCCCAAGCAGGCACAAAAGAAAAGACUCUCUGUUGCUGGUUCUGUACCUCAGGCCCCAUAUCCUUAAGUGCCAAGAUCGAAAGGAAGGGCUAUACGCCAGGUGAAUCAAUUCAGAUAUUUGCUGAGAUUGAGAACUGCUCUUCCCGAAUGGUGGUGCCAAAGGCAGCCAUUUACCAAACACAGGCCUUCUAUGCCAAAGGGAAAAUGAAGGAAGUCAAACAGCUUGUGGCUAACUUGCGUGGAGAAUCCUUAUCGUCUGGAAAGACAGAGACGUGGAAUGGCAAGUUGCUGAAAAUUCCACCAGUCUCUCCCUCCAUCCUCGACUGUAGUAUAAUCCGUGUGGAAUAUUCACUAAUGGUAUAUGUGGAUAUUCCUGGAGCUAUGGAUUUAUUUCUUAAUUUGCCACUUGUCAUUGGUACCAUUCCUCUACAUCCAUUUGGAAGCAGAACCUCAAGUGUAAGCAGUCAGUGUAGCAUGAAUAUGAACUGGCUUGGUUUAUCCCUACCUGAAAGACCUGAAGCACCACCCAGCUAUGCAGAAGUGGUAACAGAGGAACAAAGACGGAACAAUCUUGCACCAGCAAGUGCUUGUGAUGACUUUGAGAGAGCACUUCAAGGACCGCUGUUUGCAUAUAUUCAAGAGUUUCGUUUCUUGCCGCCACCCCUUUAUUCAGAAAUUGAUCCAAAUCCUGAUCAGUCAGCCGAUGAUAGACCAUCUUGCCCCUCUCGCUGAAGGAAUACUUGGUUAAAUCAAGUUGAUGUGGGUUCCGAACUGUAUCUCUUCCCUUCCCGGCUGAGGACAGAGAAGUAUCUUGGAGACAUGUUUUCAGAGGAAGUGGAAUAGCUUUUGCCCAGAAAAAUGGCAAACAUGAAACAACCAGUGAUCACGCUUUAGAAGCCUACAGCAACAUUCUGGGACUGCUCCAACAUGCUUGAAGAUCUAAGCUUUUCUCCUUUAAAACUGGCACAUACUAAGAGCAGUCUUCUUAGCCUAUGGUCAUACGUGUCAAGACACCACGUUGUAAAGAGGGAUGAUUUCCUUCUUUUGAUUUGAAAAUUUGCACAUGCUCAAUGCUUACAUUGUGCGGUUCAAUGUCACUACAGCUUUUUUUUUCCAUUUAUGCCAGACUCUUGAUACUCUUUUAAAACUUGUUUGUGGUGAGCACAACAAGGAACAAAAGAAAGAUUUGAAAGAAACUUUAACAUGAAAAAAAAAUGCACUGACAUUUUUUUUUUUAUUAUUUAAUAUAGCCUGGACUUUACCUGCGUAUGCACAUGCUCAGAAUUGUCCUACUAGGCUGACCAUGUAUCACCUCUUCAGCUUGGAUCCUAUUGUGGAUUUAUUUACAAACAUCAAAUGCCUUCAAGCCAAUCCUUCUUGCUGUAUGUUUGCAGCCUACUGUGGUAGAUAAGCAACAGAUAUGUGGGAAAAGAGAUAAGAGGAGGAAGCUAAUAAGAGACUUUGUCAAGAUUGUAUACCUUCUUGGUUUCUUUUAGGAAUUUGUUGCCUUUCUACUAUUACAGCAAAGCAGCAUUUUGUUACUGACUGCCUAAAAUCACUUAAUCUCAGGUGAACGCAUCACUUGCCAAACUGUUGGAAUGCUAUUUGUGUUUUGUUGCACUGUUGAGUUAUUUUUUUGUUUGGUUGGCUUUUUGGAGAGGGAAAUUUGGAAAAGGGACAUACACAAAAGUGAUAACCCACCCGCAUUCCCUUCUUAUCAUUACAUAUAAGAAGAAGCUAGCAGAGCUGAGAAAUGGAGUCAAAAUAGGCAGUAUGGCAGGCACCAGCAAAGAGUUAAGGGCUGUUGCUCUUACAAGUUAUUGUUAUUUUUUAUUAUUAUUUUAAAAGUAUGGGAGUUUUCCAGUCACUGGAAAGGAGGAGAUAGUGCAUUUAUUUUUAUACAGAGUUACUUAAUUACCUCCAAAACACAUAUGUUGGAAAUCAUUUUUGCUGGUGCAGGGUAUUUCCAUGAGCAGGAAUAUGUAUGUUCAGAUUAUGAGAGAGCUCAUUUUAUACAUUUCCUGUCCUGCUCAAGCUUGACAGCUUGAAAGCCCCAGUAUAUUAUAAAAGUAUAGAAUGUCAAAAUUACAAAUACUAGACUAUUUGUUGAAAUAGUAACUUUUAUAUUUUUCUGGGUUUUUUUUUUUAAACAAAAGUAUGUUUUUCCAUAACCUAAAGAAGAUUUUGCUAAACAAGAGAAAUCAUUCACUUUGAGUAUAUAUAGUUAUGAAGAAUGAUCACAUCAGUAAAUUACAGAAUGUAUGAAAGAUAAUUUACAGUUGACUCAUAAAUAUACCAGCAUUCAUGAAGACCCUUAAAACUGCAUUUUCCAAGGUACCAAGUGUACUGAAUGUCUUUAUUUUAGAAGGAUUUCAGCUUUGUUUUUUGUUUUUUUGUGUUUUUUUAAAUGAAAAUCGGCAUCUCUGAUGUUGCAACAUAUGUGUGAAAUGGGUCUUACAUCUAUCCUGCCAUUUAAUCCCACAGUUAAUAAAGUGGCUGAAAAUAAUAGUAACUCUGGCUUGGUGCUUGACCUGGUUAAAUACUGUCUUAAAGCUUCAUACAAAACAAAUAGGCUUUUCCAUAAGUGGCCUUUAAGAAAACAUGGAAGACAAUUCAUGUUUGAAAAAUGCUGACAGGGUGAAGAAAGCCCAUGUAAAAAUGAAUCGCGUUUUAAGUGAUUCGGUUAAAGGGUUUGGGCUCCCGUAGCAAACUAAUACUAGAUAAUAAGGAAAUGGGGGUGAAAUAUUUUUUUAUUGUUGUUAAAUCAUUUUGUGAAUGUCCCCCUCAAAAGAAGCUAAUGGAAUAUUUGGCAUAAAGGGCAUUUGGUGGUUUUAUUUUCGUUGGGGGUUGGAGGGGGGGGGAUUGUCAGAAAAUCCCUUUUCUUUUGUCUCUUCUUACGUCUAACUGACUAGGGAACAAUUGUUGAUAUGCAUAGCGUUGGAAUACUUAUCACCAUGUACUCUUAUAAAUAACACAUGAGAAAAGAAUGACCAAUAUUCUAAUAAUUGGCACUGGAUCACAAAAUGUGAUACAAUUUUAAAUAUAUAAAACUUUAUCAAAUAAAGUUUUAUUUCCCCCAUUAUUCCUUUACUUUCUUACUUAGAGGCAUUACUCUUUUCUAAAUAUUGGUCAAUUCUUGAUACAAGAUGUGAGCUUCACAGGUGUAUUCCAGUAUUCAAAGAUAGAUUCCUGAUUUUUCAAUUAGGGAAAGUAAAAUCCAAAAUGUUAGCAAAAUGAAGUGCAAUAUUAAAUGUUUGCUUUAUAGAUUAUAUUCUAUGGCUGUUUGUAAUUAUCUUUUUUUCUUCUUUUUUAUUUGGUGCUGAAUAUGUCCUUGUAGGCUGUUUUAAGAAAACAACAUGUGGGAAAUGAUUUAAUUUUUCCUAUUGCUCUUCCUUGUGGAAAAUAAAAGUGUUUCUUUUUUUU